UCCAUCAACCAUCGGAACGCGCUCAUAUCCCGCCACAGCCGUCUAUAGUAGCUAGUCGACGACCACUUCGCUCACGGCCUAGUUUCUGAUCAGAGUUCAGUCUGGCGAAAUGACAAAGAUAUGAUGAUGCCAACACGCCUUACCCGUGCCUUUCAUUCACCGUUUCAACUUGUUCUACGACAAGCAUGCUGGCUGUUACAGUCAACCUUGGCCGGCGGCACAGGAAGUCGCGCGGCACGUCUACUUAGCUCAAAGGGCCCGCAGACUUUAACCUUGAUUCAAUGUCAUGACAACGCUGUCAGGUCUCCGCCGAAGCAUCUGCAAGUCAGUGGUUUGUUUGGACAAGCAGUUCCGUUUCCGGGUAAACGCAUUCCAUCGCGCGCGCCUCCCAUCGGCCGAGAUCGCUACACGGCGGCCUUUCCCAAGAUGACCAGCCCAAACGAUGCUGCAUUGGAAUGCAUCGAUGCCGCAGAAACCAAACACAUGGGAAUUUAGGAGACAGAGGAGAUGCCUCCUUAUCACUACCGUUGAGGUGCCACUUGACUCGCCUUGCAUCGGCUUCAAUAUCCAUGUCACUGGAACCUGACAGAACCCUGGCUUGGCGCCAAGACCAACAACCAAGGUUACCGGAGUUGCCAACUCUCUGGCUGGGUACCUGUUUCCUACUUUAUUUGCUUGAUUGAUCGCCAGCUUGUUGGAAACGCCCGACAAAACCGACUGCUACUAUUG